AUGUGCUCUACGGCGUAUUUCUUUCGACUGGCCUGGCUAUUCUCGUGGCCAUCGGGGAACUCACGGCGAUCGAUUGAUCUGUUGACUGCAACCGCAGAAGAUCUUCAACAGCUCUUGAAGGCUGGCGAGCUCACGAGCGUUGAAUUGGUUGAUAGAUGCUUUGCUCAGAUUGAUAGGCAUGACAAUUAUCUUAGAGCCGUUCUACAGAGAAAUCCACACGCCAGGACAGUGGCGGCCACCCUAGACCUCGAACGCAAGAACGGCCACCUACGUGGGCCCCUUCACGGGAUCCCCAUCCUCAUCAAGGACAAUAUCGCAACCCACCCAAGCCUAGGAAUGAACACGACGGGGGGCAGCCUUGCCUUGCUGACAUUGCGACCGUCAAAGAGCGCUGAGAUUAUAGAAAGAGUGAGUCGUUGGACACACCUUAUCCUCUCCAUUGCGGAACAUUUACACCUCCAGCUUAUCAGUGUAGGCUCAAAUAUCAUGCCUGGAUGGUCGGCUUUAGGCGGUCAAGCGCAAUCUGCAUACACUACCGGUGCUGUAGAUUUGACCGACCGUGUCCUUGGGCACUCGUCACCCUCUGGCUCAUCAACAGGCUCUGCCAUUGGCGUCAGCGCAGGGUAUUCCCCCUUGGCUAUAGGAACGGACACUGGAGGGUCUUUGAUCACACCGAGUACCCGAGCGGCAUUAUAUACUCUCCGACCAACGAUGAACCUGCUCCCACGGGAUGGCUUGAUACCUCUGUCCCAUUCAUUUGAUACUGUGGGACCAAUGGCAAAAUCGCCUGCUGAUCUGGCAAACCUUUUGGAUAUCUUAGCCACUCCGAAGGGAAGCGAAAAGACAAAGUUUCAUUCUCAAAUGACGGCUGGUGACUUUAGAGAUUUCAAAAUUGGGUUUCUCUCUCCAGAAACAUGGUUUUUUGACUCUGAUCUACAGCGCCCAGUGCCAGAAGCCACGGCGCAGAUAAAAACAGACACUCGGGCUGCUUACGCAAAGAUAGCGCUUACGGCAAAGUCCUUCAAACAAGUAGAACUUGUAUCCAUCGAUGCAUUUGAAGUGAAUGGGCGGCAUAGUUUCUACGACAUUCAAGCGGCUCGGUUUAAACCCACAUUUGAGGCUUACCUUGGUACCCUCGAAGAUUCCCAAGUACGCAGCCUGGAUGAACUCAUAAGGUUCAACCAGAACCAUGCAGAAAAAGAGCUUCCACCAGGCUACGACAACCAAGACCAGCUCCAGAACGCCGCCACAAUGACAAUGUCCGAUCAAGAGCAUGAUUUUCUUCUAAGACAUGCGCGCAAAGUUGGCCGAGACAUUGGCAUUGACAAGACACUUAAAGACUAUGACGUAGAUCUAGUCAUUGCGCCAGCUGACUCUCCCGUAAAUCUAUUGGUGUCGGCUGCCGGUUACCCCUCCGCAACGAUGCCAUUGUCAUACCUCAAGUUCAACGGCCGGCCCAUUGGUUUGGUUGCAUUUACGACAGCUGGGGGUGAAGAAAUGCUGUUAAACUUCCUGCGUGCGUACGAGAAUACCUUUCCAAAACGACGCUCUCCUAGUCACCUCUAA